UCAUAUUAAUCCAUCAAUAAUCAUAAUCCAAUGAAUAAUAUAAUAUACAUUAUUGUGAAAUGGGCCAUUCAGGGAAUUUAUAUACUGUGGUAUUAUACUGAAGUAAAGGAUAAGACUACUUCUUCCCCGUGGCCCCUCACUCUAGUAUUUUUACAUCCUUGUGUAUCAUGAUUGCAUUGUUUUUUCCUGACAGACUGACCUCCAUGUGCAUGAUAACUAGUGCAGUCUUUGAAAUCCUUGGAAGUCUCUGUUUUACAGUUUAGUCUCAUGUAGAGCACAGAAAAGUCAGUAAGUUACACUUGAGGGUCACAGUGUUAUCUAUAACAUUUUCCUAAUUCUCCAGCACAUAUUCAGCCUCUUCAUGCUGACACGCUAUCAAAGCUCUGAUAGCAGUUAUCUUUCACCAUAACCAGAACAAUCUUGUUGGAGUUUUCCUGGUCAGUCAUUAACAAAUGUUUAGAGGCAAUCCACACGGACUCAGAGAGGAGUCUGUUUUACAGGGCUGCACGUAACACGUGCGGGGUCUUGAGUGUUUUCAUCUGAACACACAGACUGUAGUCAGGCCAAAAUAAACAGAGGAGUAUCCUCCACAGGUAACACACUGUCCCGUCAGACCGGCUCAUGUCUUCUCUUGUUUAAUCUAGUUCAUGUUUGUCACAUUUUACUGUCCCUGACCUCUGACCUCUGUCUCCUUGUAGACCAUAUCUGUAUCCCAGUUCCAUACUACAUGCCCAAUCUAAGCAGGUUUUAAACAUGUAGAGUGUUAGCGCACUGGACAAGUUACAAAGUACAGUAUCACACAUUAUGCAUUCUAACAAAACCUCUUUUGAGUGAGAUGUUUCUGUCGCAAAUACAGUAUAUUUCUUUCCUUAACUACCUCUGUGUUUCUCUAAGAUAAUAAAUUAUUAAAUUAACGAAAAGAAAAACAGAUUCAAUACAAGUUAAUACCCAGUUGUGGUUGUUCAUCCUUUUUAAACUAGCAAACAAUUCACAAAUUAAGCUACUCAUCUGUUUGUCCAUUGAUUUGAUUAUUUCCACAUUCAACAUGUACAUCCAUUACUUUUAGCUAACUAUUUCCAUUUCUCUGCUUGCCUUCUAAAUAGCUUUCUCGCAAUAUGAAAUAGUUCAUCUGGGGUAGGGUAUGUGGGCAUUUCCUAUCAUAAGAGUUCUGAGCUUGUAUAGUCUUUGGGAUUCAUCUUUCAGUAUGGAAAGAAUAAUGGAUAGAGCCUGUCAUCACCCUUUAUAGCAUACUCAGCAUGCAGCUACUGGUUGGUACUAGGUUUGAUUUGACUCUGCUGGCCUGGGGUAAGAUUAGGUCAGCUUGCUACUUACUUAAGAGGCAUUUACUUUGCAUGUUAAGACAGCUGUUUCUAAUUCUCGCCCAUUCCUUUCAACAACAAAAACACAAAAAUCUCUGCAUAAUGUGUGUGAAGCUAUAAUGUCCUGUGUGCAUUUUUAGACUCUCUGUAAAAUUGUUGGUUAAUGCAGAUUGUGCUUUUUGCUUCUCUGGUUGAAUCUGCUUUAAAUGAGGCUUGAAGCAGUAAGGAAGUAUUUUAUUCACCACUGAGAUCUUGUUAACAUCCUUGUCUCGUUUCAUGAGGCCAACUCAACACCAGCUGAAACUAGAGCCGGAUGAGACAGAAUUGGAGAGAAAGGGAAAUGGCUCGAUAUUUUCUGCAGUUGUGCACCGAGACAAGAGCCUCCGGCUAGGACUGAGAUGGAAAAGAGCAUUCAGACAACAGGCUGCCCUGACCUGGCCGAGUCCCAGCAGACAGAGCUGUCCCACUGGGUUGAGGGGGGAAGGGGAACCCUCUAAUUAAGAUGUCCCUGCUCCCACUCACAAGCCUUCCACCUUAAAGCAGAGAUGUCGGAGCUGGUGAGGACUAUAAACAUACAGUCAAGCAUCACACUGUACACAAGGGGUUAACAAGCUGUUUUCACAAGCUGUAAAUGUCCUCCCAUCAUCCACUCCCCCUCUGGAAUGGACUGUCCCAUGGAUUCACAUAAUGUGUGUGUUGUCUGUGUGCUUGUGUGUGUGUGUGUGUGUGUUUUGUAUGUGUUGUGUGUGUGUGACAGAGAGAGAGUGUGCGCGUGUGUUCUCUUAGCCCUAUAUAUUGGGCCAUGUGGACACAGACGUGGAGUUUUGUAGGAUAGACUUUGUAUUGUCUGCAGGGCUUUUGGCCUCUCUUUCUUCAUUUCUCUCUCAAAGAAAAGCAGCAGGAAUAUAAAACAGCCCUCUAGACUGCUUGUUGGAGGGAACUGAGGAAACUUUAAUCCCUAAAAGACUUGCCGAGUACCUGGCCCUGUAGAAAAAAAAAUGAGUGACAUACUGGAAGAGGGCUCUUUCAUGUUCACGUCGGAGUCCGUAGGAGAGGGACAUCCAGACAAGAUUUGUGACCAGAUCAGUGAUGCUGUCCUGGACGCUCACCUGAAGCAGGACCCAGAUGCCAAAGUGGCCUGUGAGACCGUGUGUAAGACUGGCAUGGUGUUGCUCUGCGGAGAGAUCACAUCUCGGGCCAACGUGGACUACCAGAAGGUGGUGAGGGAAGCCAUCAAACACAUCGGCUACGACAACUCUGACAAAGGUUUUGACUAUAAGACGUGUAACGUGCUGGUGGCUCUGGAGCAGCAGAGUCCGGACAUUGCUCAGGGGGUCCAUGUUGACAGACAGGAGGAGGACAUUGGAGCCGGAGACCAGGGUCUGAUGUUCGGCUACGCCACAGAUGAGACAGAGGAGUGCAUGCCUCUCACCAUCGUCUUAGCCCACAGACUGAACUCAAAGAUGGCUGAACUCAGACGUAGUGGAACCAUCUCCUGGCUGCGUCCGGACUCUAAAACACAGGUGACGGUGCAUUAUGACCAGAAGGACGGAGCCGUGAUCCCCAAGAGAGUUCACACCAUCGUGAUCUCUGUCCAGCAUGAUGACUUCGUCUCUCUGGAGGAGCAGAAGAGAGUCCUCAAGGAGCUGGUGAUCGAAGCCGUGGUUCCUGCUAAAUAUUUGGAUGACAAGACCAUCUACCACCUCCAGCCCAGCGGUCGCUUCGUCAUUGGAGGACCUCAGGGUGAUGCUGGUGUGACAGGCAGGAAGAUCAUUGUAGACACAUACGGAGGGUGGGGCGCUCACGGUGGCGGAGCUUUCUCUGGCAAAGACUUCUCAAAGGUGGACCGCUCCGCUGCCUACGCUGCUCGCUGGGUGGCCAAGUCUCUAGUCAAAGCCAAACUGUGCAGGAGAGUUCUGGUUCAGGUGGCUUAUGCUAUCGGAGUGGCCCAACCUCUGUCCAUCUCCUUGUUCACCUACGGUUCAUCCCAUAAAUCAGAAUCAGAGCUUCUCCAGAUUGUCAACAAGAACUUUGAUCUGCGGCCAGGAGUCAUCGUCAGGGAACUGAACCUGAAGAGGCCGAUCUACCAGCAGACAGCCUCUUAUGGCCACUUUGGUCGACCAGAGUUUACUUGGGAGAUGCCCAAAAAGCUUGUCUACUAAAUACUCCACCUGCUCGUCCUGAUCGACUUAUGUGGAGGCUGAACGGGAUGUUUCUUCAUGGACUACAACUGCCAGCUCCGUCAACUUAUAACACAUUUUUUUAAUAGGAAGAAAUAAAGCCAAAGCUUUAGGGAUAAGUCGGCUUUAAAGAGGCGAGACAAUAAUGAAAUGCACGAGUGGUUGUAGCCAACGGACGUAUAGACGUAUAGCCUAAUGGGACACUCUCCCAACAAGAAGAGACACAUUGCAGAGGACAUCUCAGUAACCAGUCCACCCCCUUCCUCCUUAAACAUCCAAUUAUUGGUGCUUCAGAAAUAUACGUACAAUCAUUAAUCAGAGAUCUUUCCUGCCAACAUAAGGGAACACCACAGCGUCUACAAUUCUCUUAAGAUAAAUACUUCCCACUAGAAGACGUGUUUUACCUCAAAGCUGUGAAUAUUCCUUUACGUGACCAGUAGCAUGUACAGAAACAACCUCAGUGCUUAAUUUACUAUGGUUGACUAUCAAUGUCAAUGUAAUUGUUGCUCAACCAAAGGCUCAGCUUUAGAAGAAAGAAGAGAUAUCUUUGUCAUGACCAGUGUUGGGCAAGUUACUCAGGAAGUGUAAUAAGUUACUUUUUACCUAAUACAUUUUUUAAGGAGACGUCAGGUUACCAGAGGGCAUCAUAGCCUCUUUUCCCAACUUUGAGACCAGUGAUGUGACUGGCUGAGACAGUAUUUAAUAAUCACCACACCUGCUGAUCGGUAUUCAGCCUCACCCAGCUGUUUUGAACAUUGCUGCACAGACAUAAACCAAAAUAUAAGGUGCGCACUGAAACGCCCGCAGUCUGUGCGCCUACCACCCUGUGCUUGGCAUUUAUUGGCGUUAUUUCAAAUUUCAACCGAGGUUGCCAAAUAUUGGACUGAGGUUGCAAUGCAUGCUCUUGCACCAACUGAGGACCAGGCCUGUCUCUUCCUCUGCCUCAUAUUCACCUGGUGACGCAGUAACAAAGCGUGAAGUGGAUUAAUAACUGCAACAUAAUCACUGUUUUCCUACACUACUCCUUACUGGGGAAAGUAAUAUUACAGUACUGCCCGACGCUGAUCAUGACUGCAAAAUUCCUUUUCUACGUUUCAUUUUGUAAGGAAGCUGUUUGCACUGUGGUACAAUCACGUUGUACAACAAGACAGGUCAUUAAAACGUGGGGAGACUUAUGAUCUCUUCAGCAUAUGUUACAAUCAAUCAAGAGUAAAAUAGCCAUGCAGUCUUGUGUUGCCAUCUCGUCUUAUUUUCUGUCAUCCUUUAAGUACUUUGUUUUAAUAUCAGCUCAACUGGUGGCUGAUUUGUAUCUUUAUGUCUUUUUUUUUUAACCUGCAGGCCCGUUGCUGUGAGUCCGUAGAUGUGGCUCAUUUUAACAAAUAACUUGAAGUGUCUUCUCUCUUUGCUCUCUGCAGUGGAUUACCAAGCUGCAUGCUGUUGAGACUAAAGCAUUUAGAGCACCACUGAUGUCUUAAAAGUGCUGCAUUCUAACAAUGCUACAAGUGUAUGCUGAUCUCUUUCUACAUCUUUGAGAUAUUUAGCUAAAUUCUUACUUAAAUGUGAAGUGCUACGUUUGCUCUGCAGCUCUGUAUUGCAGAUCGAGAUCUUUCCUCUCGGAUUUAGAGGAAAAAAAGGAGUGUUUAUUAAAAUACUUUUCUGAACAGGGCAUUUUAUUUUAAGUCAGCUUUCAUCAUUACUUAAUCACAAAGUAUUCAAUCAAAUUCUCACCUUCUGAAUUGGUUUAAGGGUGUGAACAGUAUUCACCUUAAAGGUUCAUGUCUGUGGAGGUUUAGGACUUUGUGGUGCGUGUAACAACCCGUGCUUUCAUCUACUGCCACAUCGUUGUUGUAAGAGGCUUUACUCUAUUUAAUGUGUUGAUCUUCUGUCAACUCUGUUGGUGGAGAAACUGAACAAUGUAAAUAAUUAAACAAUAAACAAAAUUAAAGACGUGAA